AUGGGUCGACUGCUGCCGCUCGUUUUUUGCGCUUUGAGCGUGUUGCAACUUGUUGGCGUCGCCGGCGCACAGGAGACGCCGGCAUGUAUCCUACAAUGUUCGAACCAGCAGAGAGCCGAGUUCGGUAAAUUUAGCUGCGGCAGUGCUGACGAUGCUGCCUGCUUGUGCGCAAAACAAGACUUCUCGUUUGGCAUCCGUGAUUGCGGCGCCUCCUGCCAGGCGACAGAUGCAACUGUCCAGCAGUUUCUCAGCACAGGUUUCUGCCAAGGCCACAUUGCUGCUGUUGCCCCGUCGGCGCCCGCGGCCACCAGUAUCCCUCAACCCGCGCCAUCUCCGAUUCCGUCGUCGACCUUGGCGCAUCCGGCGCCGACGGUAUCCUCUACAGUAUCAUCCUCGACAACAUUGUCUCCGCAGACUACUUCCUCGACGUCCAGUUCGACCUCGACAGCGCCCUCAUCGUCGCAGGAGUCUACCACGUCCACGUUGAGCGCUUCGGCCUCAACGAUUGCAGGUGUUGCUUCGACUAGCAAUGCACCUCAAUCUGCCGCACCGUCGUCUACGCUGUCUGGCACCCCUGCCGAAGCAACGACCUCUGCACCUGCAGCUGCUGAGCCAGCUGGCACUGGCCUAUCCAAAGCUGCCGUGGUUGGUGUCGGUAUCGGCGUUGGUGCGGCUGUCUGUGCAGUGGUUGGCAUCGCAAUCUGCCUCCUACUUCGAAACCGCAAGCGAAAAUCCACACAGACAAGCGAGCUUUUCAAACCGCUUCCCGGAUCCGGCCGCCUUCCAGGAACGAGUAGGGUGUAUGGCCGAGAGCACGGCUCCUUUGAGAAGAACGGAAACGAUAUUGAGCUGUCGUCUAACCGAUACGAGGAUAUGGUGCCCCGCACUCAACCGAGAACUAUGGUGUAA